AUGUCGUCGUCGACAACAACAGCGGCCACAACAACAACAACGGCGACCACCACUACAACCGCAACUGUUAGCACUACWGCGGCCACAGUCGCCGCCGGGACCACYGCUGCYGCCGCCGCCGCUGAUGGCAAUGGRRUCAACAAAAAUGGUGCCGAAGAUGCCGAGCUCGGYGGCGGWGGCGAAUUGUGGCCCGAAAUUGGCGARCAUUUAAUGGUCCGCCGAUCGGACAACACGUGGCACUCGGCCGAAGUAAUCGAAAUGCGGUCGAAUAACUGCGAAAACGGACGCCAAGAAUACUAUGUCCACUACGACGGCUUCAAUCGCCGUCUGGACGAAUGGGUUGGCAACGAGAGGUUCAAUACGAAAAUGAAGGCCAACGGCGCCGCCGGUCCGGGCGGUACAGCAGCUGGCGAUAAGUCAGCGUUGGCGUCGACAACKGAYGGCUCAUCGGCGGCGACGGCAGCCGUUGUUAUUACUGUCGGCAACGACAAYACYAUCGAYGGCGGCAGCGAUCGGAAGAUUACGCGCAAUCAGAAACGAAAACACGACGAAAUCAAUCACAUUCAGAAAACAUUGGCCGAAAUGGAUCCGACAACUGCSGCMCUCGAACGWGAACACGAGGCCAUUACUAAAGURAAAUAUGUGGAUAAAAUCCARUUCGGUAAAUACGAAAUCGAUUGCUGGUAUUUUUCGCCGUUUCCCGAAGACUAUGGCCGACAGCCGAAACUMUGGAUWUGCGAAUACUGUCUGAAGUAUAUGCGAUUGGAAAAGACCUACCGAUAUCAUCAAUCGGAUUGUUGCUAUCGGCAGCCGCACGGCAAAGAAAUCUACCGAAAGGGUACGAUAUCCGUCUACGAAGUCGACGGCAGAGAUCAUAAAAUCUAUUGUCAAAACCUUUGUCUGUUGGCUAAGCUAUUCUUGGAUCAUAAGACACUAUUCUUCGAYGUCGAACCCUUCCUGUUCUACAUCCUGUGCGAAGUSGACAAACACGGCGCCCAUAUUGUCGGCUAUUUUUCYAAAGAAAAAGAAUCGCCCGACGGUAACAAUUUGGCCUGUAUUCUGACACUACCGCCCUAUCAGCGCAAAGGUUACGGCAAAUUUCUCAUWGCAUUCAGCUAUGAACURUCAAAACUGGAACAAUCGGUYGGAUCGCCCGAAAAACCGUURAGUGAUUUGGGAAAACUUAGYUACCGWUCSUAYUGGUCRUGGGUUUUGYUGGAAAUAUUGCGCGAUUUUCGCGGUGUACUAUCCAUACGGGAUCUAUCGYUGAUGACAUCCAUYACCCAGAGCGACAUYAUCGGUACACUACAGUCGCUGAAUAUGGUYAAAUACUGGAAAGGACAGCAYGUUAUCUGUGURACRCCKAARCUAGUGGAUGAACAUCUCAAGAGUGCCCAGUAUAAGAAACCCMGKCUAACUGUUGAACAAAAUUCGUUGAGAUGGGCGCCGCCUAAGAAACAAAUUAUMAACAAAUCGGGCAAAAAGUGAUCGGACGGACACAUGUGUGUAGUUGUCGUUGUCGACAGCAUCGGUAGUUUUUUUUAUAGCCACCURACUCUUAACCUAACUGUAGGUUUUUUUUGUGUGUAUUGGUUUAUAAUAUAAGUUAUUAAUUAAUUAAUUAAUUGAUAUCACUAUUGAC